CCGCCCAGGCCGGUGCUGCUGCUGCGGCUAAGGCCGCCCUUCUCUUUCCGCCUCCAGGCCGGGCGACGCUUCCCUCAGAAACGCGGCCGCCUGUUCCCUCGGCCAUGUCGAGCUACAGUAAGGCCGCGCAGCAAUGGGCCACAUUUGCUCGAACCUGGUAUCUCUUGGAUGCAAAGAUGCAGCCACCUGGAAAAAUUGCAGAAAUGUGCAAGAUCAUACUUCAAGGGAAGCAUAAGCCUGUGUACCACGCACUAAGUGACCUUGGAGAUCAUGCUGUCGUAAUAAAUACAAGGCAUAUUGCUUUUUCUGGCAAUAAAUGGGAACAGAAGGUGUACUCGUCACAUACUGGAUAUCCUGGUGGUUUCACGCAAGUUACAGCAACUCAGCUUCAUAGAAAGGAUCCAACAGCAAUUGUAAAACUGGCUAUCUAUGGAAUGCUGCCCAAAAACCUUCUCAGAAGAACAAUGAUGCAAAGACUGCAUCUCUUUGCAGAUGAUGAUAUUCCUGAAGAAAUACAUAAGAAUUUGGUAGAAUUGCUUCCGCAGCCCCGCAAAGUGCCCAAGAGGUUAAAUGAAUACACACAAGAGGAAAUCAAUGCUUUUCCAAGGGUCUGGACUCCGCCUAAAGACUUUGAAUGGAAGUAGAAGGGAGAGUUUAAAGGGAUAGGACGUGGCGCCUACAUCUCUCCUGAGCACUGGACCUACUGGGAUGUUCGCAGUUCAGUUACAUGCAUAAACUUUUAGAAAUUUGCUGUAAAUAGUGGAAAUGUGUUUUGAUAUAGACAUUAUUGCUUGGCCAAAAUGAAUAAUCUUCAAUAACAUCACGAAGCUGUGACCACAGACUUUUUUUUU